AUGCGGUUUCUCGGAAGCAGCACCACCACCGCCGUGAGGAUAACCGUCGAUCGCGAGUUUCAUCGACCAACAAAUGUCGCAGCCGACAACCCCACCGGACAUAUCUGCGUAACCACGUCGCAACAAUAUCGGCAAGGACAAUUCCCUGGACAAACCCAACCUAAUACCAAAGGGACAGCAAAUUCCAUCACCCUAAGAAGUGGAACCGCUUAUGAAGGACCGAAAAAUCCUAACCUAAGCUCGUUGGAAAAAUCUAAGGAAGAUGCUGAACCAAAAGGCCAGGUAGAGGAACCAGAGAAAUCCGAAAAGCAAUCAGAACCGGAGGUAGAGAAUCGCACACCGCAACCUUACAAGCCACCCAUUCCAUUUCCACAAAGAUUGAAAAACACCAAAACAGAAAACCAAUUCCAAAAGUUCAUUAAGGUAAUAGAGAAACUCCACGUAGAAAUCCCUUUUACCGAAGCAAUAACCCAAAUACCAUCAUAUGCUAAGUUCUUGAAGGAUAUUUUGUCCAACAAACGACGACUCGACGAUUCCAAACCUUUAGAAUGUCAUUCCAUAUCCGAGAAUAAACUUGCCAAGAAAGAUAAAGAUCCUGGAAUUUUUUCUAUCCCUUGCGUCCUGGGAAACCAUAUGAUAGACAAAGCAUUUCUGGACCUAGGAACGAGCGUAAGUCUGAUGCCCUUGGCUGUCUGUAAGAGGUUAAAACUAGGAGAGCUUCAACCUACUAAGAUGUCGUUACAACUAGCUGAUAGAUCCGUUAAAUACCCCAUGGGUAUUCUUGAAGACAUACCUGUUAAGAUUGGUCAGUUAUACAUUCCGACUGAUUUCGUGGUUAUGGAUAUCAAAGAAGAUGAUGACAUCCUAAUUCUUCUAGGUAGACCAUUCUUAUCGACCACUUGA